AUGCUGGGAGAGCAUGCUUACACUACAUAUCUCUCAGCAUUGAAAGAGGACUUGGCAGACAUCAGCAGGAGGACGGGCACAAAGGGGGACAACACAAGCUUCCCAGCCUCUCUCAAUACCAGCGUCGAGUACUUCCCUCUGCACACAUGCGGCCUGGACUCUGGCAGCUUUGUGCUGCCCGCUGCCAGCUCAGCAGCAGUAUCUGCUAGAAUUGGGGCCCAUCCUGCCGGGUUAGCACCGCCAGAUGCACUUCCUGGUGACGAUGGGCUGGAUGCACCGGAGGCGACUGGGUUGAAGCUGGUGGCUCACUCCCUUCUGGGCUUCGCCUCUGAGCUGGGCGUGCGCUUGGAUACAUUCUCAUUGGGCCCUGUGUCCAACCUCAUAGGUGAUGAGAUCUGCGCCAUGGCCGGCUCUGCAGCGGCGAGCGAGACGGCAGCGCUUGUGCUUGUGGAUCGCUGCCUAGACUUGGUCACCCCGCUGAGCCAUACAGACCAUGUGCUUGAUCAGAUCUAUGGCACACUGCAGCGGCGAUUGGCGGCUGGCAACCCCGCCGUGAGGUCGUCUGAUGUGGUUGUGCCACUUCCACACUUCAUUGGAGGUGGGAAGCAACUGGGCGAGAGGGAGGCGCCGUCAACUCAUGGCGAGCCACGCUCAAUCAGUGGCAAUGCAGAGGCGCAAGAGCCUCACAGGCAGACCUCGACCGGUGCAGUCAGCACUUCGGGAGUGGCGCUGCAGGGGUCGCUGUAUGCGCCGUCAGACGCGCAGAUGGGCCAGUGGCGGGAAUUCCUGGUGACGCGGCAGGGCAAGGACGCUGCGCUGUUCCUGCGCAAGUGGCUGCGCGAGGCUCUUCGCAAGGCCGGCAUCCAGACCAUGAUGCGCUUCAAAGCAGGGUCCGUACCUGCAGAGGAGUUCAGGGCGCUAUCUGAGCUGCUGGCAGCAGCGCCGCCAAAGGUGUGCUUCGGCCACCUGGGCAUCAUGCAGCUCGGCUGCGCGGCAGCCGCCGCCCUCAGCGGCCCCCGAGCAGACAGAUGGGCGCGCCUUGCAGAGCUUGAGCAGGAACUCAUCCACCUGAGCGCAAAUUGUAUGGAUGAGGAAGUUGCGGAGAAGCUGUGUGUGGCUAUCUCAGAGGCAGCUGGCGAGAGCUCAGACGCAGGCAUCUCAGCGACGGACGCACUGGGGCUGUGUGUGGUUGCUCUGGCACUCGCCAGCAAUGGCGGCGACCUCUGCUUGAGCAUCAGGCAGGUGGAAGCAGGGGACAGCGAGGCUGAUGAGGAGGCCAGAUAUGAGGCACAGGCACUUCGCCUGGAGCUGACGGACAAGGUCAUGGACCUCUUGAUGAAGCUGCAGAAAACAGCUGCCGCGAGGAGCCGCCUCAAAGACAUGCAAAGGUAUCUGGAGCAUGGGGCGGGCAGCAAGGGUGUCACGCCACUGCUCAGCCAGCUCACCAGCCGCAUACUUGAUCAGCGGCCAAUCCCAGAUAUGCAGCACAACAGUGCAUCGCUCGGGGGACUGCUGAAGAGUGGGCUGGGGCGUUUUGGGCUGGUGCAGAAGCAGCCACAGCCUGGGGAUCACAGCACUGUGAUCAUAUUUGUGGUUGGUGGUAUCUCUGUGGCAGACUUGAGGGAAGUGAGACAUGUUGUUGCGGAGAAGGUGACUGGCCAGCCAGGCAGGGCAUCAGUGAAGGUGCUGGUAGGAGGCACUGCCUUGAUGUCCCCCCACGAUGUAGUGGACGGGCUCUUGAAUUAA